UUAUUAAAUAUCAGUGUAGCCUAUGAAGCAGACUGCCGGUUUGCGAAAAUUACAACUAAUAAUACUCACAGAACAUAUGACAUAACAUUACAGUUGCUACAUACGCAUGAACAUUAUCUUUAGAUCUCUCGUGACUGUUGUAUGGCAAAAGGUCAACUUUCACAUGCUACACUGUGGACAACCUCCCUGAAGUGUGAUGUUGUCUGCCCUCAGUGUUAACUGGUAGAUAACUGAAACUGAUAUUGACUGAAGUGUGAUGUCGUGUGUCCUAAGUGUUAACUGGUAGUGUCCUAAGUGUUAAGUGGUAGAUAACUGAAACUGAUAUUGAAAACUGUUGCAGCCCGACUUCAAGAGUGGAUUAAAAACUAGGAUAUAUAUUCAAGACACUUUAUAUAAGCAGGGUGCAACAGUGAUUGAAGAUAUUACCAAUUUUUUUGAAACACUUUCUCUAAUAUUUCUACUACAAGACCAUGGGAAAAGGUGGCCGAAGGUCGGCUAGUCAAGAGUUGACCUGGUCAGAAGUCCAGAAGCAUGUUUCGAGAGAUGACCGGUGGAUUGUGGUGGACGGAGAGGUUUACGACGUGACACACUGGUCCAGGAAGCAUCCGGGGGGGUCCAGACUGAUAGGCCAUUAUGCUGGGCAAGAUGCUACAGAGGCCUUCAGUGCCUUCCACAAUGAGCUGGACCAAGUGCGCAAGUACCUGAAACCCCUGCACGUCGGUACACUCAAGAAUCACGAGGACAACGAGAUGAACAAGGACUUCCGUAUGUUGAAGCAGGCAGCCAUCAAGAUGGGCCUGUUUGAGCCAAGUUUCACCUUUUACACGCUGAUACUAGCCCACAUUGUGCUGUUACUGGUCGGCUCCUAUGUGGUACUCUACAUGUACGGGAAUGUGUGGUGGGCCGUGCUUCUCUCCCUUGCGAUGUUCUCCGUUGCACAGGUGCAGGCCGCAUGGACCCAGCAUGACUUUGGACACCUGUCUGUGUUCAAGACGUCCACCCUGGACCACUUCAUGCACCAUCUUGUCAUGGGCCUGAUGAAGGGAGCCUCUGCAAGCUGGUGGAACCACAUGCACUACCAGCACCACGCCAAACCGAAUGUGAUUGACAAAGACCCUGAUGUCCGCAUAGAUCAGCUGUUUGUCGUAGGUGAGGUGAUGCCAGUCAGGGUUGCCCAAGAGAGAAAGAAAAGCAUGCCAUUUAACCUUCAGCACAAGUACUUCUUUGCCUUGGGACCUCCGCUGCUCUUCCCAGUUUACUUCCAGUAUAUGUUGUUUCGGCAUGAAGUGACCAGAAAACUUUGGAUGGAGCUGUUUAUUACCCUUUGCUUUGUUUUUGGCUUCUACUACCUGACCAUUCCGAUUCUUGGAUUGAGUACCAGUAUAGCCUUCUACUUCUCCUUUAGGUGCAUAGAGAGCCAUUGGUUCACGUGGGUGUCACAGUCCAACCACAUUCCGAUGAAUAUCCGUAAUGACGAGGCCAAUCCCUGGCUGAAGCUGCAGAUACAUGCAACCUGUAACAUCGAGAAGUCUGCGUUCAACGACUGGUUCACCGGACACCUGAACUUCCAGAUUGAACACCACCUUUUCCCCACCAUGCCACGGCACAACCUGUACAAGAUAGCUCCUCUAGUGAAGUCGUUGUGUGAGAAACACGGCGUGCCAUAUAUUGUCAAGCCUCUCUGGACUUCCUUUGUAGAUAUCUACAAGACCCUAAAGACAUCUGGAGAACUAUGGGAAGAGACCUAUCAGGCAUUCCACAGUGGCUAAGAGACAAAAACAAGAACAACUUUAGCCUCCACCUGCCACGUAACUUACCAUGGAUUUUAUAGUCAGCCAACUGAAAGCCUAAAUUCUCUGAAGAAAUGCAGUCAAAACUUCAUUAUUUCAGUCUUAAAUUCGGUCUCUCUUGUAUUAAGCAAAACUUUUCUUUCAUAGGACAUCAUGGCAUAAUGGAAUUUUGUUUGUUGAUGUGAUAUACCUUCGUGUAUUGUUUGAUGUUUAUUUCACAACACAUUGCUGUGUUGCAAUUAAAAUUUUGUCUUCGAUUCACUUAAAAACCAAUAUUUCAAACGAUUAAUUUUUGGAAACUAUCAUGAAAGACAUUCAGAAAAUGAAAACAUGAGUGAAUACUACUAACAUUCUUAGAGUGUUCUCAUGUGUUAAGAAUCAGAAAUCUAUUUAAACUAUUUAGAACUUAUUUAAAGUAGAAAAAGAAACGAAAGAAAUGUGGUCCAUCUUUUAAACUAUCAAGUUAGCGUUGUAUCUUUAGAAAGUUUUCAAACAAACUAGGUGCGAGAGAGAUCAUAAUUAUAUGUUACUAAAAAUACCAAGACUAAUAUAGUUAAAUCUAGAAACAAUAACCUGUUGUAUAUUUAACCCUUUCCCAGUCUUCGAAAUUAGCUUUGAAAAGUUACAUGCCAGUCGGGCCAGUUACUUAAGAAUUUUUACAUGCCCAACAUAUUUUUUACAUGCCCAAACUUUUUUAACCAAAAUUAUAACUAAUCACAACAUUUUAACACUUACAUGCUACACAUAGUAAAGCAGAACAUUUGUUUCAAUAGUAGUGAAUACAAUUACAUCUAAUCAAUCACUAGAAUUAAGACGGUCGAUCGUUACACCAGUGCUCUUGAAAAGAGCGUUCUCUGGUGUCCUCGUACCAUUUCUUGGCUUCCUUUUUCUCUAAAUCAUUAUCAAUUUUCUAUUUUGGAAGUGCUUUAUCGGGCUUAGCCCCAUCAACAUAUUUAAGAUACUUCCUCUAUGUCGACAAUGACAUUUGUUUACAUUGACAAAAACGGAAGCGUAUUACUUGAUUGAAAUGAUCGAUUCAAAAAGCAUCUUCUCGAUUAAUGUCUAGAGAAACCGUCGAUAAGAACCGAAUGUGACCGAACUGCAUCGGUCAAAAACAAUAACAAUGACGUGUGCAAGCAGGUGCGUGUUGUUAAACCAAUCGAAUUUCAUUGUUUUACAACUUACGGCAAGGUGUUUGUUCGCAAAAUUGAAAAAUAGGUCUGCAAAUAUCAAGAACCGCUUACGAUUUUUUUAUUUACUGUCAAUUGGCUUCAAUAAUUUACAUGCCCGGCGGGCCACAAACGUGAAUUUUUGUUUGUGCCCGGCAGUAAUUUUACUCGCCACGGGCGAUAGGGCGUGUGCUAAUUUCGAAGACUGCUUUCCCACUCGGAGGCAAAGUGAAAAUGGCUAUCGUCAAACAGUAUUAAAGCAGAACAGCCUGCGAGUAACUCGCAGUCUGUUCAGGUUUUUUGCUGUUUGCUGCUCAUCAGUAUAUAAGGGUUGGGAAUGAAGCCUUUAAAACUUAAAUCUAGUAAGGUCUUUAAUUAAAUUUAACUUUCUAAGGGAGUUCAAAUGCAUCAAAAUACGUAUCUAAGUGGUAACGGCUAAAAUAAUUUCAUGUAGCAAUCUUAAUUAAACAUUUUAUACCAUUAAGUUUUAAUGACCUUAAUGCUUUUAGUAGAGUUUGUAACAUUUGAAUUGAACAAACGAAAUGCCUAAAGUUAAAAAAUAUAGAGAUUGUAUGCUUAGACCAUUUGUUGAUCAAAUGAAGUGAUUGUAGAAGUUAUUUAUCAGUAUAUUUUUUUGUUGCAACCAAUGUUAGGGAUUUCCACUGAUGUUACUACAGAGUUGUUUACUCUUGGAUAUAAACGUUUUAAGGUGUAGUUGAAUUCUGUAGUUUUGCUCUUUUAAUGUGUUUUUGAAGUGUGUGUUUUUUCACAAGAUUGCACCUAUUUUUUCUUAUAAAUUCUGUUGGCUUUAGAAUGUGUUUUUAUGUCCCCCACCACUAUAGUUGGGGACAUAUUGUUUUUGCCCUGUCUGUUGGUUUACUGGUUUGUUGGUUGGUUGGUUUGUGUGUUUGUUUUUGCAAACUUAAACAUUUGCAAUAACUUUUGCAAUAUUGAAGAUAGCAACUUCAUAUUUGACUUGCAUGUGCAUCUCAUAGAGCUGCACAUUUUGAGUGGUAAAAGAUCAAGGUUAUCCUUCAAGGUCAAAGGUCAAAUAUAUGUGUCAAAAUCGCUAAUUUAAUGUACACUUUUGCAAUAUUGAAGAUAGCAACUUGAUAUUUGGUAUGCAUGUGUAUCUCAUGGAGCUGCACAUUGUGAGUGGUGAAAGGUCAAGGUCAAGGUAAUCCUUCAAGGUCAAAGGUCAAACAUAUGGGGAUAUAGUGUUUCACAAACACAUUGCUUGUUUUCUUUCUUUUUUUGUAUUUUUUUAAUACAAUGAUAUGAUAUUAAGUUUAAGGAAUAGUGCAUAUUACAUGUGUUGCUAUUAAGAGAAUAUGUUUAUUUUGAUAUAAUAAUUAACACAUUUUGAGAAAAAUAUUGAAAUUGUUGUCCAUUUUGGCUUAGUCUUGUGACUUAAUUCUUCUUUAAAUGUGGAGACAACAUCCUAGGUCUGCAAUGGAUCAACUAUCAUGUCUAAAGUUUAUAUAUAAUAAACCUUCAAAUAUGAAGUAUAGCCACAUAUGAGCAUUUGCUUUUUGUUGCAAAGCAUAGCUUUACAUUGUUUGGUGUCACAUUUUGAACAAACUUUUCAACAUUUCAAAUCUUGCAAUUUCAUUACUUUUAAAUACAUAUGCAUGUUUAGACACAAAAAUGCUUACAUGUUUCAUCAUUUUCCUUCAAAUUUAUGAGCAAUUAUUAGUUUAUUUUCUUUCAAUUUUUUUAUAAUGUGAUUGAUGUCUUGAAACUUGCCAUUAGUAGUCUACAUGUAACUCUAGCUUAACUUUUAGCAUACCAAUAUAUGUCUGUUAUGUUAACUCUUUCAGUGCUGGAACCGAAUUUUGAAGGCCUUUGCAAACAGUUUUGAUCCAGAAGAGAUGCCACAUAACGUGGCGUCUCAUCAGGAUCCAAACUGUUUGCUAUUCUGAUAGUAUUCUUUGAAUUUUUUUUAAAGAAAAUGCUAUUUUAAGAAAUUCAGCAGACAACAUUUUAGCAGACGACAAAUUACCCAGCAUGCAAAGGGUUAACUAAAUCAAUUUUGUAUUAAAACAAUUAUUUUGAUGAUAUAAUUUUUCAUAACAGUUCAAUUAACAUGUUAUAUUUUAUGAAAUCCAUGACCAUUUUGCUUCUUAAUGGGAUCAAAAUAUUGCAGUUUAAAAUUAGUGAGUGUUUUUUUAUAACUCUUAUUUUGUGCAUGUUUGUUUGUGACAGAAAAAUACAUUAUUUGGAAAAUGGUUGUAUAAGUACUUUGAAAAUCAUUUUACUACGAAUUUUGUUGUAGUUCAGAGUUGAAAUCCAUUGUUUUGAUUUUGUUGACUGUCUUCAUAUGCGAUAAGUGAAUGUAUUAGUUUUUGAACAAAUUUUCUUUAAAAUAUGUGUUUAGAAUUUAAUGUUGUUUGACAUGUUAAGUGUGCUUUGAUUUUGUGAUUUCAUACAAUGUGAUAGUAAGUGUUAUUUAAGUACAAUUUUUGUUAAAUGAAUGUUUGUCAGCAUAAUGAAUUCCUAUAAAAUAAAAAGUGCUAUGAUUAUAUACAUAUAGUUUUAUGUCUUGAGAUUUUGUAUGAACAUAUUUAUUUUGUGUAUUGUAAACUUUGUGUAAUAUUAUAUCUUCAUAACACUUAAACUAUAUUUUAUUACAAGUGAUUGGACAGAUAUUCUGCUACCUUCCAUACAAUAAUUUUUAUAGAAAUUUGUUAAGUUUUGCUUGUAACCUUUGCGGCCAGUUCAAUUAAAUUGUAUUAUGUACUUUCUCAAAGUAAGUGAAAUUAUUGUAUAAAUAGUUAGUUUGUCUGUACAAUAUUGUUCUGUGCUUACAUUAAAUUUUAACCCUUUGCAUGCUGGGAAAGUUGUUGUCUGCUAAAAUGUCUUCUGCUGAAUUUUUAAAAUUAGCAUUUUCUUUGAUUUUUUUUCAAAGAAUACUAUCAGAAUAGCAAACAGUUUGGAUCCUGAUGAGACGCCACGUGGCGUCUCAUCUGGAUCCAAACUGUUUGCAAAAGCCUUCAAAAUCCGGUUCCAGCGCUCAAAGGGUUAAACUGGAUGUCUGAGUAUCCUAGGCUGAUAUUCAACUUAAGUCUAAAAAAAAAAAAACGAAUAUUCUUAAAACAUUAAAAUGCUAGUAUUAUUGAAAGUAAAUUGUAGCAUGACAGUGAAGACUUUAAAUAUAUAUUUUUUUGUUAAGAGCAAUAUGUUUUUGACUUAAGCACCGUUUUCACCCUGUAUGUAUGCAAAGUAUGAGGGUUUUUGCCCCAUUUAUUUACCAUUGUGUAUUCUAAAGUCUCAGAAUGGGUUGGCAAAUGGGCUUUCAUUUUUUAAGUUUAGAUUGAAAUAUUUAAGUAUUUAAGUAUUGAAAUAAAGUAAACAUUAAGGUUUUAAGUUGGAUUGUAUCAAGAAAUCAGUAUUUUAAUUUUGGAAAUUUGCAUUCACAUGAUCUGAGUAUUUUAUAAUUGAAAUGAAGUGAAAAUUAAACGAAGUUCAAGGUACGAUUUUAUCAUACAUAGUAAGUCAUACAUACAACUGUGUUUACACAAAAUAAGUAAGAAAGACAAUAUAUUUAACAUGUUGCCCCUUAAAUGAUGAUACGCCUAUGACUGUUAUUCUGAACAUUCUAGAGUUUCCAUGGCUGCAGUUGUGGAAAUACUGUGGCAAAAACUGAGAGCAACCGACUCAAAAUCUUCUUUUCACACAAGCCAUGUAUGUUGCAAAAACUGGUAACUAAUAAGAUAUUUUACUUAUAUCCAUGACAUGUGGUGUUCUAUUGGUGUCCAAUAUUAUGCUUUUAUAUCUGCACUUGUACAUGUAUAUCAUGCGGUGAUUAUUGACUUGUGUUACUUAUUAAACUAACAGGGUAUACAGUCUUCAUAAUAAAUGACAAUGAUUAUCAAAUUACGCUCAUAUCUCAAGAAGUAAACCAUAUAACAGCUUAAGCUCAUGAUAGUUGGUUAAUAACUUAAUAUAUUGAGUACCAGGCUAUAUAAUCUUUCUGUCUCUGUAUUUGUUAUGAAUAUACUCUCUUUGCAUUGGCUUAAUUUACACAUAAUCUUUGAACAAAACACAUACUUACUAUGUUUAAUCAUUAUUAUAUUCUGUGUUUUUUAAACUAUUAUAUUAAUUAAUCUAUCAUAUUAAUUAAAUAUGUAUUUGUAGAUUUUGGUGAGUUUUGAAGACGCUAUUUGCUUCUGUCAAUUUGUUGUUGAGAUUUUGUUAAUAGGUCUAUUAUUUGAAACACCCCAGCAUUUUCAUAAAAUUUUAAUUGACUUGAUGAACUUACUUUUCCUUAAUCAUUCUUACUUUGUUGGUGUGAAAUUUGGGCAUUCUAACAGAAAAUAGAGUUUUAUUUUUGGCAUGUCAUUUUCUGCUUGGUUUAUUCACAGCUGUUAUAGUUCUAGUUGCGCUCUAACCAGUAUUUAUUAGCUGUGUUACUUAUCAUAAAAAUGACAGCACGUUCAUUUGUUAAUUUAUAUUACCAUUUAGGGUUAACCCUUUCCCACUCAGAAGCAAAGUGAAAAUGUCUAUGUGCAAACAGCAAUAAACCAGAACAGCCUGCAAGUAAAUCACAGUCUGUGAAGGUUUUAUGCUGUUUGCUGUUCAUCAGUAUCUAAGGGUUGAAAAUUAAAUCUUAAAAACUUGAAUCUAGUAAGAAAGGUCCUUAAUUAAAUUAAACUUGCUAAGGAACUACAAAUGCCUCAAGAUAUGUAUAGAAGUGGUAAAGGGUAAAAAUGUGCUUUUGGCUCCACUCAGUUGAUGUUUUAGGGAGUUAUUACCUGUAAUUUUGUUUCACGUUUAAUCUUCUACACUAUUUCUUGUAUUAUGACAGUUUAUAUGCAUCAUCCCUCCUGGCUUGACAUGUUUACCUUUUUAGGUUGUACCACACCAACAAUUUUUCAGGAGUUAUUGCUCUUUGGUUAAUACUGACGUUUUCUAAUGAAUUUUACAUUUGGGUCAUGCUCUGUGAAAAGGGGGUUUAAUGCGUGUGCAUAAAGUGUAGUCCCAGAUUAGCCUGUGCACUCCGCACAGGCUUAUGAAAGAUGACUUUUUUUGUCUAAACUGUUUUUUUUAAAGAAAAAAAUCAUAAAAGCGGAAAGUGUUGUCCCAGAACAGUCUGUGCUGACUGCACAGGCUAAUCUGGGACAACACUUUAUGCAUGUGCAUUAAACCACCUUUUCACUGAGCGCGGUCCAUUUCUUUGUGAGAUCCCAGGCACUGAAGAUCCUAGCAUGAUGAAACUGUAUUAUGCAGUAAUCCUAGGGGGUGGACAUGUACAAUUUAUCUUGUCGUUUCGCUCCAGUGAGUUUUAAAGGAGUAAUUUCCUUUUUAUAAAUACGUUUCCAAAUAACACAUACAUCGACAAAGGGCAUCAUCCGGGAACAUCCAGGUGUUUCACAGAUAUUCGUGCUUCUAUUCUAAAUCACCAAGCUGUCAUGCCUAUUAGUAUUUAACGAUGAUAAGGCAACGGCAUCAAUUUGUUAUUGUACUAGAAGCCUUUUUGAAGUCACGUAUCGUUUUGUGUGCACUGAGUCACUAGUUUGUAAACGUUCGUUUUUCUGCAGUGUAGCAAUAAAUUUCAUGAGAUUGUA